UUAUUAGCCCAUGGAGGGAUCUUCCCAAUUAAUUGGAGAAUCAAUUCCCUGUUCAUUAUGCAGUUCCCUUUGUAACACAAUAAGAGUUUAGAGAGAGAGAGAGAGAGAGAAAGAAGAGAACAAAUUGCACUUUCCAUUUGGUCAUUCUCUUGUAAAGCCUGUAAAGCUAGGAAAACAAUGCUUAUACACUCCCUUUGGUCAAUCUCUUGUUGGGUUUCUUGUGUCUUCCUAAUUUGCUUACACACAUGGUGAUGGGUAAUGCCAGAGGUGGAAAAGAUGGAGAAGGUCCAUCGGGAAGUAAAAGCUUUGAAGAUACUGAUGAUGUUGGGUAUGUAGUAGAAUCUGAAGCAGAUGGGGUGUUUUCAGAUUCCAUGGCCAUGGCUGGCUCACCUUCUCACAACCCAAGUGGGUUCCACCCUUAUAACUUGUUCAAUCAUCACCCUAACCCGUUAGAAGGCCAUCAAAUGCCCGAACAGCACGUCCAAGCUCAAAAUCGAGCUUCUCUUCAACAUUCAAUGCCUAAUCAUGUUAUGUCCAAUGAAAAUUUGACUCGUGUGAAGCUAUCUUGGAAUUGUGGUGCCAAGCAAGUAGCUGUAAUGGGAUCGUGGGACAACUGGGAAACCAGAGAGAUUUUGCAGAGUUUAGGAAAUGGCUUCACUGUUGUAAAGACACUCCCACCAGGUGAAUAUCAGUACCUGUUUAUAGUAGAUGGCUAUUUGAGGUGGGCUCCAGACUUGCCAUGGAUCUGUGAUGAUUUAGGGAAUGCUUACAAUGUUUUGGAUUUGCAGGUGUGUGAGUCCGAAUUGCCAGAAAGUCUAUCUGAAUUCAGAUCUCCUCCGUCCCCUCCUUCGAGCUAUGAUAACCAAUUCUUAAACGAAGAUGAUUUUAGUAGGCCUCCACCGGAGACACCUUCUCAACUACAAUCUACAAUUCUAAAUAAUAAGUCAUCAUCUUCAAACGAUGGUCAGCAGCCUCAACACACACAGUUGAACCAUUUAUACAUUCAAAACCAUUUUGAAGGUCAGUUCAUGGCGCUUGGUUCCACUCGUAGGUUUCGCCAAAAAUAUGUUACAAUGGUAUUGUACAAGCCCCUUAGAAGAACAAAUUGAUUAUGGUUUGGUUUUCAUUAUUGUGGGAGCAAAAAUUAUUUGAAUGUGUGAUAUUGGAAUUUAAGAAGGUUUGGUUAUGGUUUCAGGGGUUUUGGAAAGCAGUUUGUGUAAGUAAUGGUAGGACUUCUUCUUGUCAAAUAUACUUCAUUGAUGCAAUCCUUUUUCAUAAUCAUUAAAACAAGUUUCAGAUUCCUGUCCAAAGAAACUAGUGGAUGAAAACCCAUUUUUUCAAAAUUUAUCAGAUAUCAUCUUAAACCA